AAGAAAGAACAGAUCAUAAUACAUAUAUAUAUAUAUAUACAAAAAAAAAAGAACCAUUUUAACAUAUUAAAGAAAUAAAAGCUUUUAGAAAAGCGAGUGUUGUCUUUUUUAUACUAUGUCAGGCAAUCCUCCUCCUACAAAGCAAUCUGCCACUUGGUUAAGCAAUAUUCUUCGACCACGCGCUUCUUCCAUCUCUGUCGAAGCCUGUCUUAACCUUUCUUCAAGAGACCCUUCACAGCCACUCGACGCAAGACCCAUUCUUCCUUUGCUGGAACCCACUCAACCCUUGGCUUCUCGAUGCAAACACUUGUUGGCAUUUUCUGAUAUUUGCAAGAAUUAUCGCUUUACUCACUUGGAAAAUGUGUUCUUUACUGUUCAAGAUAUUCUGGAGCCCGCCAUGCCUCAAGAAGCUAGACAUACAGUCUUUGAAUUCAUGUUGGCCUGUAUUGUGGGUCAAUAUGCAGACUUGGGUAUGGCUCGGGUCACAUUUUAUGCCUUGUUGCGCAAUUACGCUCUUUGGGAUGAUUUCGGUGACAUGUAUCGAGUUUUGUUUGCUUUAUGCAAAGGGGGUCGAGACAUUUCAGGAUUUGAAAAGAACGUCUGUAAACUUUUGAUUCAUUGGCUACAACAGCCUGCAUUAAAAAAACAACCUUAUCUUGGUGAUGUGCUCCAUUUACUGACUGUGAUUGCUAAGUUCAACUUUGCCUUGUUUGAAGAAGAAGAAGUGACACAGAUGAUUCUGGCGAUACACCAAGCGUUUUUCUCAUCCCAACAUGCAGACGAUAUGCAGGCCUGUCUUGAGUUUGCGGAUAUUGUGGUUCGCUAUCGAUUUGUGCCUUUUGAUGCAUUGACACCCUUCUUGGAGAUGCUGGCUGCCUCUGUGAUGUUAUUGCCCACCACACACAAGACAUCGUCUACAGCAGGUGCCCUUGUGUCUUGUUGGCCUAUCUUUCUCAACUUGCUUCGAUCGCAUUGUGCUCAUUCGGCUAUUUUAACGCUCUGUCGAUUUCUGGAUAAAGAACCUUCAAAGUCAGACAACUUAUUGAUAAAAGGCGCCAUUGCCUUGUUGAGUGAAACAGCAUGGGGUAAGAACAGCAAAACAGGCGCAGAGACAUACAUGGUAUCUGAUUCAGUCAUCUUGAUGUACUUGAAACGAGCUGCCAAUAAGGACUCAGAUACGAUCAACAGCACCCUUCUCGACUGUCUAAUGACGCUGGUUGAAUCACCCGAAAAUAACGAUCUCGGAUUGAUGGAAUGGGAAGCUGUAUGGGAUAUUGUGGAUGUGAUUACUCGCUAUAUACUCAAAAUGACAGACAAUAACAGUAAUUACGAUGUUCAAUUGUUCAAUCAUAGCAGUCCUUCUGAUUGUCAAUGUAUUCGCCCAUUUUCUCGGUUCAGUCAAGUAGUGAUUCAGUUGCAUAAAGACAAGCGAUACAAGGGACCUAUGGUUCGGUUCAUUCAGGUACUUUAUCAACUCAGAGGUUAUUGUGAUGAUGAUACAGCACACUUGUUAUUGGAUUAUUAUGUGACUGAACACGCAUUCUUACCUUCAACUGAGCAUUGGCUGCCCUUGUUACAACACGUCACGCAUACGUUCUUUAUCCACACUAACCCAAACACUUGUACACCCGCUAUACGAUUAAAAAUGCUGACCAUUGUCACGAAUGUGUGUGUGUCUGUCAAGGACUUUUAUUCUGAGCUGAUGUAUGAAAAUAUUGUGAUUCCAAUGAUGCAGAAAUUACAUUUAGAACAAGACGUCAAGAUUCGACAAACAGCGAUUGAUCUGAUUGUGUCUUCCUUAUCUGAUUGUCAAAAUGAGUCUAUUUUUGAUCGAUUGAUGGUGGUCUUGAGGAAAUGUGCUACUUGUCAAUGCACGACAGAAGACUUACAACAGCAGCAGCAGAAAUCAACUCGACAACGUACACCGCAAAAGCCUUUGUUUGUGACAGACACAGCAACAGAUUCCUUUUUUGAUAUGGACCAUCAUUGUAUGGGAUUUCCAGCCAUGAUGGGUAUUUCGGAACUAUUUGAGAAUCUCUUGUUAGCCUCGAAUGGUAAAUUAUGCUGCAAGACGUUUGAUGUCAUUGCUGACAUUGCUAAUGAUGCUGCUGAUCUGUCCUGUCCUUAUGGCGGCCCUAAAAUCGUGGCGCUUGACUUACUCCUGCGUCUUCGUUGUCCUACAAAUCAUCAUAUUUAUCUCAUUGAAGAUAGUAAGUUCAUUCGUGCGGUUGGUGAUCAUGACUUUAAAACAGACUCUUUAGAUCUACAAGAAGAAAACAGUGUGAUUGCAUACAUUCGCUCACAACAACAACACAAGCGUCAAGAAACAGAACGAAAGAAAUCCCAAGACAGUUUCAUGCCUGGUCCUGCCAUGAAAGCAACGGCAGUACAGCCUACGACAAACACAAAGCCUGUUUUUUACCCAAGUCCUCAUUUGUUUUCAUACAGUGAAUCAAAAGACGACAUUGUGUUGAAUAUAAACGAGAUGCUUCAAUCGUUCAUCAAAGUCUUAUCUGAUUCGCCCAACUGGGUUGUCAUUUUGUUUCUGUUGAAGCGCUUACCUCAACAGCUGAGCAACAAACACUUGUUUUGUGGCGCAUCACCUUCUAUCAACAAACUGCGUCGUCUUUUGGUGCGAUGGACAAGUACACGCAAGUUUCUGGAAAACAUCGUCAACCUUCCGCCUCACAUCAAGCGCAAUGAUCUCAAUGUUUAUGCCUACAGUUUACUUACUGUCUUGAUCUCGUAUCGCCGUGUAUUUACUGAACCUAAACAAGAUCAAGAUGAAAUUGUGUAUGCCUUUUAUGUAGGCAUCAUGCAAGUCACACCAGCCACUCGUCUGUGCAUUAACGCAUUGGCCGUCUGUUGUCAUGAGCUACCUUUAUCUGUGGCAAAGAUGCUGAACGAGAUCUUGCAGCGCAUGUCACAGAUCAUUUCUGUCAGUAGUGUCUCUGUUCACAUUUUAGAGUUCUUGAAUGGUCUGGCUCGAUUGCCCAAUUUGUAUGCUAAUUUUACGGGUGAUAUGUACAAGCCUGUGUUUGCUAUCGCCUUAAAUUACCUUCAACACUCUCAUUCACAACAACAACAGCCAUCCCCACUCAAUACUCCCUCUGCUUCUCCCUUGAUGAGUUCAGGAGUGAGCACCAAUGUGGCUGCUUCACCUACCUUGUCUAUCGCCGCCGCUCAAAGAGAAGCAAGCCAAGGUGCUCUAAAGCAAUACGUACUCAUUAUGGCUUAUCUUGUGAUCACUGUCUGGUUCACGGCUAUUCCUCUACGCGAACGUCGUAAGCAUGUACCGUUCAUCAUUCAGAGACUCUUGAGUGGUAUUUCGAUGGGCAAACCGAUUGACGAACAGACAUACACAUGCAUUGAUAUGCUGUCUCGGUUUACGUUUGCCGAUGUAGGUUUAGCACCUGAAAAGUCAAUUGUUUCCAAGAUUUUGAUGGGCGAUGGGGACCACAAUGUGUCUUCUUCAAAACAAAGUCAACGUACUUGGGUCUAUGGUCAUACACUCUUGACAUUGCGCACAGCGAAAUCUUUAGGCUGGGUUGAGGUGACCAUUCGAAGACCUUCAGGCACUGUUUCCAUGAUGUGUCAUGUUGAAAAUAAAAUCAAGUCAGAAGAUAUUGAUUAUCGAACUUUACCUGCCUUAUUGAUGAUGCAAUAUCAACCGGACUUGAUGGCUUACAAGAUCCUCAAGGAUCGUGAGCAAGUAGACAAAAUGGAAGCGCAAGAGACAUCUAUUAAGCCAGAGCCAGAACAAGAAGGAUCUGCUUUGGGCAUCACGUUUAAUGAAGAAGAAGGCAAACGAUUUCCUACUGGGGCAGCCACACGUAGACCUUCAGAUCAGGCGGUGGUCAGUGCUACGAUUGCGACACGCUCUGAGGGACUUGUGAUGGCACCUUCUGUUUCUUCAGAGCAAGUGCCUGUCUCGCCAGCAGCCACCUCUUCCGCCAGUAUAUCACCUGUACUCACACGUCGUCCUUCACUUUCACAAAAGGGUCUUUUGGGCAUUCUUCAAAAAGAUUCAGAGACCACAGAGACACCCAAACCAGCUGAAGAUAUAGACCUGAAAAAAGCAGAAAAGGCUGUCCAUGUGAUCAUGUCAGACCCCACAUUACCCAGUGGCGAAGCCAACACACUUCAUAACCCCAUCUCGCAACUUCGCAAAACAGAGCCAUCGAUGGAUCCUGGCUUUCUAUACCUUCAAUUCAACAAUUACCCCGAUAUGGCACGCUCGAUGGACAUGUCUCCUCCUUUACCUGACGACGAAUCCACAGCACGUACCUUGGCCACCUUUGACCGUAUCCCUGUUGUCGAUUUCCACAAGAUCGGUGUACUCUAUGUCGGUAAAGGACAGACCCAUGAACGAGAGAUCCUGGCCAACACAUACGGUUCCCCUGACUAUGUCCGUUUCUUGAAUGCUUUGGGUACAAUUCAACGAUUGCGCGGGCGCACAGGCAACUCGGGCGGCUUAGAUCGAGACAUGGAUAUUGACGGACCCUACGCUUACUUUUGGAAAGACGAUGUGACAGAAGCCGUGUUCCAUGUGGCCACCUUGAUGCCGACCGAUUUGACACGCGAUCCUCAAUGCAGUGCUAAAAAACGGCAUAUUGGUAACGAUUAUGUGUCGAUUGUCUACAAUGAUUCAGGCAUGGACUAUGCUUUUGAUACCCUUCCUUCUCAAUUUAACUUUAUCAACAUUGUUGUCUCGCCUCACUCCAUCUCGACAGAAGCUGUGAGUCCUUCUCAUGCGAUGGUAGGUGCUGAAAACACGUUCUUUAAGGUCGAGAUGCAAAAACGACCUGAUAUGCCGGAUAUUGGGCCUAUGGGUGAACCCAAAUUGGUCAGUGCUCAGUCCUUGCCGGGGUUUGUGCGUGGUGCUGCUUUACAUGCCAAUAUUUUUGCUCAGGUGUUUUGGCAGAGUGCAGGUGCUGGUGGUAAACGUGAAUAUGUGUCUCAUUGGCGAGAAAGACUCAAGCAAAUCCAACGUGUCAAGGAACGAUUGGCAGGUAAAUCAAAUACUGCUACACCCAAUACAAGUGAUAUAGGUACACCUGGUAAAAUUGGCAAAGAUGGUUAUCCCUAUGAAGCUUUACUUGAUUUUACAAAAUAUACAUAACCAAAAAAAAAGUACGUCUAUACAUAUAUAUAUAUAUAUAUAAAA